AAGAAGAUGACUAUCAUGACCAAAACGAGGAAGCUUUAUCUUAUGACAAAGAUGAUAAAAUUAGUAUGCCACAUACAAAUGAUGCUGUAGUAACAGUUGGACAUACCAUUGUGGACAGCAAUUACACAGAAGCGGACACUUCAGUGGACUUACUACAUUCUGGAAAAGAUGGAGUUGAAGGAGAAUUUCAAGAUCCUGUGAAGAAAGACGAAAAAGCCCAGGAUAUUAUGGCUUCAUGGGAGAUCACGACUUCUGGAUUGUUUUCAACUACACACAACAAGGCUGACCCAUUUGCUCCAGUGGACACUAGUCUCACAGUAAACAUCAAAACAGAGACAGCUGUGGAUGUGGGUGAGCAAAGUGGAAUUUCCACAGUGGUCAGUGCUGUAGACAGUCAACAUGAGACACAAGGACAAACUGUUUUUGAUAAAAGUGAAAUUUUGCAGGAAAAGUUCAAACAGAAGAAGAGAAAGUUUGGUUCUAGUCGCCGCAAUAUUACCAAAGUGGAUCCAGAGGAAGCACUGGAAAAGAAAGAUGAGGCCAAUAAAAGGGAAUCUAACUUUGCAGCUGAAGUAAAAAAUGCUGAAAAAGUAGAAAUAAUGGUUCCAGUUCUUGUGAGUGCAGAGGUUUCACAUGAUGAGAUAGUAGAGCCAUCACCAAGUUCCCUGAGUAAAGAUCAAAAGCUACAUAUCAGCACAUCUGACCUACAGAGAACCGAGAGCAAUAUGAUACCAGAUCAGAAUAUUUUGCUGUCUUCAAAUAAUAAAGAAGAUACUAAUACUGGUGUCUCAGGAGUCGCAGAGGAGGGCUCUAUGUCUUCGGCUGAGACUACACAAGGUUCACCAAAUUAUGAGGAAAGGACAGAAAGUGUAAAUGCAACACAGCACCAAGCUUUGAAAUCAGCAGAAGAGCAGGUUGUGGCAGAUUUGGAAACAGUAGUAGUUGUAGUCAGUGGAGCUGAAGAAAUGGAAAAUAAUGCUGAAGUCAGUACACAAGAGUCCAGCAGCGUGGGUGAAGGAGCUCAGAAUCUAAAUCUUGAGAUGAACAAUUCAAGCCAAAUGUUUGGUUCAACAAACCAAAGGAGAAAGAUGGGAUCCACUCGUAAGAAUCUGAAAUCAAAAACCCAAGAAGAAGAUUUACCAGAAAAGCAGGAGGUACAUAUUGAGGCUAUAGAAACCACAACAAAUGCUGAAGAUAUGAAGACUAAUUUGUUCUCAGGCCUCAGAGAAGACGAGUUACAACUCCACGAAAACCAAAAAGACAGUGAGUCUGAACAACAGAAAGACAAAAUAUUGGAAACAGGAGAAUCUCACUUGACACCUUUAGCUCACCAGUCAUCUGAAGGAAAUUCAGAUUCUAAUAGCCAACUAGUGGAAACAGAGCAUAAUUUAACUCCAAAUUAUCUCCCAACAAUACAAUCAACUUCUACAAAGCUUGACGUAGCAUCAGAAUCAGCACCUGGUGGAAGAAGAAGAAAAAUGGGAUCUAAUCGGAAGUCACGUGGACAUCAAAACAAUGAAAACCAAGCUGGAAGAGAAGCUGAAAUAAAAGACACAGACAAUGUGAAUGGCAGUGAAAGGGUCACAGAUGGAAGUGCAGUCACGACUACUGAAGAAGAAGCUUUGGACCUGCAUGAAAUUACUGAGGUUGAAAAAACAAACAAGGGAGCAUCAACACACAUCAGCACCUCAGAAGCAGGAGAGGACUCACAGCCUGCGAGGUAAGUCUAAAGCCGACAAUCAUCCAAAACUUCAACACUGUGGCUUUUCCAUCUAGUUUGAUUUGAAAAAAAUCACCAGUUUUUAUAUUAGAUAUGCACAGCAAUAAACAACCAACUGUAGCCUCAGCCACUUAACAUAUCAAUGAAGAAAACGUGGUUUCAUAUUCAACUGUACCCAAAACCUGUGAACACAUAUCUUAACUUCUAUGUUUGGGAUUUUGCAUUUUUAAGAAUAUGAUUUUGUAUGAGCUGUGUUAGUAAGAGUUUAUUUUCACUUCUUUCAUUUUUCUACAGCAGUACAUUUAAUUCAAAUCAGAUUUAUUUUUAAAGCAGUAAUAGCUCUUGCUACAAACCCAAGUAAGAAUAUGGAUUCAAGAAAUAUCUACAUUUGGUCAAUAAAGGCAAUAUGGAAUGUCAAAAGUGCUUGAAAUCACUUUUCUCUUAACUUCAACUAUUAACUUGUGCCUAAUUGUGUUCAGUUAAUCUGAUUAAUCUCUCAUCCAAAUGCAAAUACUUGCAGGACUGUGUGCUGUUAUAUGUGUGGUCUAUAUGUGUCUGUUUUACAGUGAGAAGUCAUCUAUACAAGUGACUCCAGUUCAACAUCCCAAUGCCAAAAUCCACCUGGGUCAGGGGAGGCAGGAGACAAUUUCCCUUGGUCAUUCCAGGGAAGCCAUUGGCAACUGUUACAAUGUGGUGAUGGUUGGAGACAGCAGUGUUGGCAAAACCUCCUACAUGAAAAGAGCUCAAAGCGGGAAGUUUUCUUUAGAUUUACCUGCUUCUGUUGGGCUUGAUUCCUGCAUGUGGACUGUGGUAGUGGAUGGAAAACCUGUGGUGCUACAGAUUUGGGACACCGCAGGCCAAGAAAGGUUUCACAGCAUCACAAGACAGAUUUUCCACAAAGCCCAGGCCUUCCUCCUGAUGUAUGACAUCACUUCCUCUCACAGUUUUUCUGCAGUUAGCUACUGGGCGAGCUGUAUCCAGGAUGGAGCUGCAGAAAAUGUGACAGUGCUACUUCUUGGAAAUAAGAGUGAUCAUGCAGAACGCCGUGUUACAACUCAGGAGGGGGAAACUCUGGCAAAGGAGCACAACUUUGAAUUCAUGGAGUGCAGCGCUGCUACAGGAGAAAAUGUGGUCCAGUCUUUGGAAACUAUGGCCAGGAUGUUGAGUCAAAAAGUUGACACAAGAGAGGAAGCCACGGUGUUGGUGAAGGAGCCACAAAAGAAAAAAGCUUCAGGAUGUUGCUGAACAAAAAUGAAGCUGGCUUUUAAAAAUACACUGUAUAUGUGUGUAUGUGAUUUGUGUUAAAAUCCAUUGUUGAAGGAAAUUGUUAAAUUUUAAUUUUCUUUUAAUAAUUACUUUAAGCUGCUGCUUAUUUCUACCAGACCUUACAAGUAUUUUAUUGCUUCAUUUGCAAAAAAAUAUACUCUUUGAAAUGAAGAGUUAAAAAAAAUAAUCUCAAAUGUGUUUAGUGUGAAGAAAGAGAGUUUGAUGUAACAGUGUGGGAUGUUUAUUGUGCCUCAAUGAGAAAUUUGAUUAACAAUUCAGAGCAACUAUACAAAAAACAACAAGAACAAAAGAAAAGAAUCACAACAGUUACAGGAAAAUCUGCAUAAAAAGAUGUAUGUGUUGGUCAAAAUGAUCAAAACCCAGCCGUCAAGAUUCAGUGAAAAUGAAUCACAUUUAUUGCACUCUGAACAUUUAAGAUUCAAACCUAUUAUUAUACCUGCUAAAAAAACUGCUGUGUGCUUAUUAUUUUGCUGAAUACCUUUAUGUUUAUAACUUGCUGUAAAAUUGUCUUACGUACUUUCUAUCAAGGCUGGUCAUUAAGCAAAUAUAAGUGAUAAACGCAGUCGAGUCUCAGAUGAUUUUUUUCUUCAUGUAAUUUUGCAAUGUGAUUUUAACUUGAUUGAUUUUUCCUCUGGGAUAUGAAGGCAUGUCUCUUUGAAAAUACAUUAAAUCAAUAUUUGUCUUCUGUCCAAGAUAAUUAAUUAAAUUUAUCUUCCUGAGAAUCCCAACACUUGGUUCUUAAAAAAGCACUUUCUGUUCAUAACUGUGUCCUCAGAUUCUUGGUUGAAAAAAGAAAAAUCAUUCAAUGAAAACCUCCUGUAUCUUCUUUAUGACUCCCCCUUUGGGUAUGUAGUAUUGAAACUCUGAGUUUGUACCUUCACUGAAAAAUUGUAUAUCAAAGUAUGUGAAUACUCUUAAUUUUCAUUGUAUCCACAUUUUAAAAAGCAGAUAACCUAUGAAGUUAGACAAAUAGAACCACAUUAUCAUGGGUGUGUUGAAACUUUUUUUUUUAUUGGCCUUUUUGCCUUUAUUUGAUAGGACAGCUGAAGAUAGACAGGAAAUGUGGGGAGUAGAGAGUGGGGGAAGACAUCCAGGAGAUGGUCCACCGGCCUGGAAUCAAACAGGUGACCCCUGUGACGUGGACUGUAGCCUCUGUAUGUGGGGCGCUUAGACCGCUAGGCCACCAGCGCCCCAUACUGAAACUUUUUGAUCUACAUCUUGGUUUUAAUGCACAGCUUCAGCAGAAUCACAGAAAGUGAGCAUAAUUUUAUGAGAUGGUGAUGUUGCCAAUCGUGGUUGUCAUUUUGGCAAGCAGCCAUCGCUGGUUGAAUAACCCUUAAUUAAAUUAAUUAUUUUGUAAUAAGAGAGUGUUAGUGAAAUAAUUCCCAGUUUUUAAAUAUACAGGUCAUCUUAAUUUUUGUAUCCUUUUACAUGUGUUGAUAAAUACCUGAUGUCAUCCCCAUGCUUAAUAAACCUGCAAAACUGAC